AUGUCGCUGGCCCGCACCGCCGCCGAGUCCAUGCUCUCGGACGCCCUGCUGCCUGACCAGAGGGGCCCCCGGCUGAAAGGCCUGCACCUGGAGUUACCCAUGGACCGGAUGGUCAAGUUUGUGGCCGUCGGGGUCCCGCUCCUUCUGGUGUCCCUGACCUUUGCCCAGGAGCUCUCUGCCGGGUCUCAGAUCAACUGCUUCUCGCCGGGGAAUUUCAGCGUGCGGCAGGCCAGCUACGUGGACGGCGCCUGCUGGGAUUCCUUGGUUCACCACGAGUGGGACGCGGCCGGAAACCACAAGACGAAAUCGCUCUGGGCUCACAAGGCUCUCCCAUACUCUCUCCUGGCCCUGGCCCUGGUGAUGUACCUGCCCGGCCUGCUCUGGAGAUUCGCGGCCGCCCCGGCCCUCAGCUCCGACCUCCUGUUCAUCAUCAGCGAGCUGGACAAGUCCUACAACCGCUCCAUCCGGCUGGUACAGCACUUGGUCAAGAUCCGCCAGAAGAGCCCCGACCCCUACGCCUUCUGGGAUGAGCUGGACAGGGCUCGCGGAGAGCGGUAUUUUGAGUAUCCCCUCCUGGAAAGGUAUCUGGCCUGCAAGCAGCGCUCCCACUCUCUGGUGGCCGCUCACCUGCUCCGAAACUCCCUGCUGCUGCUGUUCGGCGCCGCGGCCUGCCUCUACCUGGCUUCCUUCCACCUGGACAUCUUCUUCCAGGAGGAGUUCGGCUGCUCCGUCAAGGAGGGGCUGCUGAGGGGCGAGGCCCACGUCCCCCGCUUCAUCCCCUGCCGCCUGACCGCCCAGUCCGUCUUCCAGGCGGUCAGCGUGUCCUUGGCGGUGGCGUACGCCCUUCUGGCCCCCGUGAUCGGGUACAACCUGGCGCGGCUGUGCCGGUGGGACCAGCGUCUCCUGGCCAUCUACGAGAUGCUCCCGGCCUUCGACCUCCUCAGCAGGAAGAUGCUGGGCUGCCCCGUCAACGACCUCAACCUGAUCCUCCUCUUCCUCCACGCCAACAUCUCCGAGCUCGUCUCCUUCGGCCGGCUGAGCGCCCUCAGCGUCCUCAAGGACGUGGCCCCCCAGAAGCAGCACAUCGACACCGUGGUGGACUUCAUGACGCUGCUGGCCGGCCUGGAGCCCUGGAAACCCCGGCGCGCCGCGCUCGGGGAAGCCGGGGGGCACGUGGUGGAGAUGGGGGGCUCAGGUGAGAGCCCGCCGGGCCCCGAGACCCCUUUCCUGGGCCUGUUGCAGAUCCAGAUCUCGGGAGAUGACGCAGAUGAACCUGCAUCAUAUGACCUUCCAGUUGGGCUGGGCUCCGAGCGGCCACUCUUAUCUCCGGGCUUCCAGCUGGUGACCGUCAAAGCCACGUCCAGUGAGUACAGCCUGGUCAAGGACACUUUCCUGCCCACGAUGGCAGAUUUCACCAUCCUCAGCGCUCAGAGGAACCAGAACCGAUCCCUCUGGAGCGCUUUCCAGAAGUCAGUGACCCCGGCCGGGCGGAAAACCUGCGGAAAAUCCCCUCGGUCGUCGGUAGUGCGAGAAGAACAGAUGAAGUCGGCGAACAACGGGAAGGACGUGGAGGAAAAGCUUUUAUUUCACAAGGCCGAGCCGAGCCAAGUGAACCACAUCUGCCAGGGGAAUUUUGACUGGACAAGCCGGUUUCCAGCCUUCCUCCCAGCUCUCGCCAGGACCAACGCCCAGGGGUGCGGCCACUGCCUCUUCAGUCUGCAUGCCACCAAUUCGCACCAGUCCUGUGGAUCAGGCCCCAAGGCCAAGGUCAUGUUUCUGGCCCGUGUUCUGGUUGGGAAUUUCACCCAGGGGCAGCCACCGCUAGCCUGCUUGCUCCCAUUGUCCGGAGACCCCAGCCGCGCCUAUGACAGCUGCAUGGACAGCCUGGCGACUCCGUCCCUCAUCGCUGUCUUUGAGAAACACCAGGUUUACCCGGAGUUCGUCAUCAAGUACACUGAAGCCAAGAAGUGUGUCAUCCUAUGUGAGGUUGAUAGUUGUGCCGUGUGUCACAGAAAUUGCCAACCCCAGACCCAGCUGGACCCAACCGGACUUGAUGACGCCCCGGACCAAGCCUGA